AUUUGAAGAGAAAUUUAAAAAAAAAAAAAUAAUAAUAAUAAAAAAAGACAUGAACAAAUCAAUAUUUAAGCUUAGUCCAGAAAACUGGGCUGAAAUUAGUCAAAAGCAAUUUCAUUUGAAUUUCCUCAACGAACGAAAUGCCAUUCGUUCGGUUCUUUACGAUCUCCUUCAAAUUGACAAUGAAAUUAAAUGUACAAAUGUAGAAAUUCAAAAUUUAAAAACUGCCUUUGACAAACAAUUAAAUUGUCUCGAAACCGAAGUAAAACGUCUUCAAGAUGAUGAAACUUUAGAACAAGAUGAACAAAAUAAACUUAUAACCAAACAUGUUAAAGAAAUUGAAAAUGCAAAUUUGGAAUUUUCGAAGAAAAUUGAACAAUUUCAAUUGAGCAAGGAGAAGAGUUGCAAAGCUGUUAAUGAAAAUGUUGAAAAACUAUUUCAACUUAAAUCACAGUUUAAGAUGACACAUGAAAUGCAGGUGGAAAGUUUGAAACGGUUUCGUGUAGUUUGUGAUAGAGGUGUGCGACCACAAGUGGAUGUUCGUUUGAAAUCUAUUGAUAGGAAGUUUUGUGAUGAACUCUUUUAUAUUGAUUCAUGUGAAAAGGAUUUGAAGCAUAUAUUCAGCCUGAUUGAAGAUAAAAGUAGUGAGAGUGGUGGAAUUGGAUCAACAUGUUCAAGCUGUUCUAUGAAUUCAAAGAAUUACUCCGAGUUUUUAAUGGAUUUUGCAUGGAUGAGAAAUGAACAAAUAUCAAAACGUUCCGAACUAUUUGAAUAUUUCAAAAAACACGUUGCCAAAGACUUAGUAGCAGCCUUAGCUGCAAUGCACAUGUAUCAACCAGAAGAACCAAUCAAAUUUCUAGCCACAUUCCUCAAACAGCUCAAACAAAAUGAAUUCCGUCAAAGAAUUCAAGAAUUAAUUUUCAACGCAGCCAAAAAUGGUGAAUCUCUUUUCCCUAUUAACAAAACAAUGUAACCAAUUUUUUGGGGGUAAAAAAUGUAUAUUUUUCUAUUUUCAAAAUAAAAAAAAAAACU